AUUGAGAAUAAAACGAUCAUCCACGUGUUGGAACUGUGUGUAAGACGUGUGUUGGAAUAUAAAGAAUUUAACGGUGAUUCAUUUUAUAUCCAAUUUAACAAUAAAAGUAAAAAGUACUGCGGAACAAUAUUGCAAGUAUUCAAAUAGUCGAAAUAGGAGGAGUGUGAAUACAACAUGGUCGACAACGUGGUAUCCGAUAUUCAAAGCUUGAAUAUUAAGGAAGAAAAGGAUCAUUUACAGUGGUACUAGACGGAAGCACGCUUGGGCAAAAAUGAAGCCAGGGAAAGAUAAGAAAAAUGUUGUUGAAAAGAGUUCAGUUUGCGAGUUAAAUCCAUGGCCUGAAUAUAUUCAAGAACGUUUAGUUUUAUGGGAUAAAUUGAAAGCUGAAUACGACAUUGAAAUUGAAGGGAAAGAAUCUCAAGAGAUAACCAUAACGCUUCCUGAUGGGAAACAAGUUAGCGGUCUAUCAUGGCGUACUACACCAUAUGAAAUUGCAAGGAAUAUUAGUCAAAGUUUAUCUGACAGUGUUGUAAUAGCAAAAGUUAAUAAUGAACUUUGGGAUCUCGACAGACCUCUGGAAACUAGUUGUAAACUGCAGCUUCUUAAGUUUGAUGAUCCAGAUGCUCAACAAGUUUUUUGGCAUUCUAGUGCUCAUAUCCUUGGAGAAGCUAUGGAACGUGUUUAUGGUGGAUGCUUAUGUUACGGACCACCAAUAGAGAAUGGUUUCUACUAUGACAUGUACCUUGGUGAUAAAGGUAUAUCCAAUUUAGAUUUUCCUUUUUUGGAGACUCUAUACAAGCGUAUAGUUAAAGAGAAGCAACCAUUUGAAAGACUCGAAAUGAAGAAAGAAGAUUUAUUAGAAAUGUUUAAAUAUAACGAAUUCAAAGUACGCAUUUUGAAAGAAAAGGUGCAUACUCCUACUACUACCGUUUAUAGAUGUGGUCCGCUGAUUGAUUUGUGCAGAGGUCCGCAUAUUAGGCAUACGGGAAAAGUUAAAGCGAUUAAAGUUACUAAAAAUUCUUCAACGUAUUGGGAAGGUAAAGCGGACGCGGAAUCUUUGCAAAGAAUAUAUGGAAUUAGUUUCCCUGAUACUAAACAAUUGAAAGAAUGGGAGAAAUUCCAAGAAGAAGCUGCUAGUCGUGAUCACAGAAAAAUUGGAAAAGAACAAGAACUAUUCUUCUUCCAUGAACUCUCUCCAGGAUCUUGCUUUUUCCAACCACGUGGCGCUUAUAUUUAUAACACUUUAAUCGAAUUUAUUCGUAGCGAGUAUAGAAAGAGAGGAUUCCAAGAGGUUGUAACGCCAAAUAUUUAUAAUAGUAAAUUAUGGAUAACUUCUGGUCAUUGGCAACAUUAUUCGGAAAAUAUGUUUUCGUUUGAUGUUGAAAAGGAAACGUUUGCGUUAAAGCCAAUGAAUUGUCCAGGUCAUUGUAUGAUCUUUGACGUACGAAAUAGAUCUUGGCGUGAAUUACCUUUAAGAAUGGCAGAUUUUGGAGUAUUACAUCGCAACGAAUUGUCUGGCGCAUUAACAGGUCUCACUAGAGUGAGACGUUUUCAACAAGAUGACGCGCAUAUAUUUUGCAUGGCAGAUCAAAUCAAGGAAGAAGUGUUGGGAGCAUUGGAUUUCCUUCGUCAUGUAUAUUCUGUAUUCGGUUUUACAUUUAAUUUGUGUCUAUCUACACGUCCUGAAAAAUAUUUGGGAGACUUGGUUGUUUGGGAUCAAGCUGAAAAAGCGUUAGAGGAAAGUUUGGAUACGUUUGGAGAAUCAUGGAAAUUAAAUCCUCAGGAUGGUGCUUUUUAUGGUCCUAAAAUUGAUAUAACAAUUAUGGAUGCUUUAAAAAGACCAUUUCAAUGUGCCACGAUACAAUUAGAUUUUCAACUACCGAUUAGAUUUAAUUUGUCUUACGUCAAUGAAUCGGGUGAAAAAACAAGACCAGUAAUUAUUCAUAGAGCUAUAUUGGGUUCUGUAGAACGAAUGAUUGCUAUUCUUACCGAAUCUUAUGCAGGAAAGUGGCCCUUCUGGCUUUCACCGCGACAAGUAAUGGUGAUUCCUGUGGGAACACCUUUUGACGAAUAUGCAAUUGAAGUUAAAACUAAACUUUGGGAUGCUGGCUUUAAUGCAGAAGUUGAUACCGAUCCUAGUGAUACAUUGAACAAAAAAAUUCGUAAUGCUCAAUUAGCCCAAUUUAACUUUAUACUUGUUGUUGGAGAGAUAGAACGAAAUGCAGGCACUGUAAAUGUUCGUACAAGGGAUAACGUUGUACACGGUGUGAUUAAAACGGAAGAGUUAAUCGAAAAGUUCAAAUUAUUUAAAGAAAGAAAAGAUCGUAACUGCGAAGAAAGGUUUCAAUAAAUCUACUUUAUCUAUGCAGACAAUUUAUUUAUAUGUAGGUAAUAUGUCUAAGCUUAAGAAGUUAUAAGAUAUGAUCUUAAUGCACUUUUAAAAUAUGGGAAUAAAUCCUUUUCGUGCAGUAUAUAUUCUUAACUAUUUCACAUAACUAGCACUAAGUAUACAAAAGAGAAAAAUAACUUAUUGUUAGUACAUUUUUUUCGUAAGCGAAUAAUUAAGUGAUCAAUUUAUAUAAUUUCUUAUUUAAGAAAAAAAAAAAA